CUUCUGCCAAGCUUCAUAGCACAGUAUCAUCACUGCCAAUGUGGUAAGUGCAGAUUGUGUUUCUGUAUCGUACCGUUGUUCGUAUUGUUGCAGAGUAAUUGUCAUGGCUUCGGAGCGGUAUAGUUUUUCAUUAACAACCUUUAGUCCGUCAGGUAAGUUAGUACAGAUAGAAUAUGCCUUGGCUGCAGUAGCUGCUGGUGCACCAAGUGUGGGCAUCAAGGCAGUAAACGGCGUCGUUCUUGCUACUGAGAAUAAGCACAAGUCCAUCCUCUAUGACGAACAUAGUGUCAGCAAAGUUGAAAUGAUUACAAAGCACAUUGGUAUGGUCUACAGUGGCAUGGGUCCAGAUUAUAGAUUAUUAGUGAAGCAAGCACGUAAAAUGGCACAACAGUAUCUCUUAGUGUAUCGGGAACCUAUUCCAACUGCACAACUUGUGCAACGCGUCGCAAUGGUCAUGCAAGAAUAUACACAAUCUGGAGGUGUCAGACCUUUUGGAGUCUCCCUUCUGAUUUGCGGCUGGGAUAACAACAGACCAUACCUGUUCCAAUGCGAUCCGUCUGGCACGUAUUUCGCAUGGAAAGCAACUGCAAUGGGUAAAAAUUUCAUUAACGGCAAAACCUUCCUUGAAAAGAGAUACAGUGAGGAUCUGGAAUUAGAUGAUGCCGUUCACACUGCCAUCCUGACACUAAAGGAAGGCUUCGAGGGGCAAAUGACCGCGGACAAUAUCGAAGUCGGCAUUUGUGAUGCAAAUGGAUUCAGAAAGUUGGAUCCAUCUAAUGUCAAGGAUUAUCUUGCGAAUAUUCCUUAAACCAAAA